UGAAAAUUGGAUAAAAUCACCAUAGUAUUAUAUUUCACGAAUUUCAAAAAUGCUGAUCAACAUUACAGAUUUUCGUUGGUGUGAAAAUCUUUCAGACAUAGACUUAAUUGUACCACUACAUGGUAUAAGUGCAUCAAAUGUAGACACACUUAUUACAAGUCAAUAUGUUAAAGUUGUUAUCAAACCGUACAUUUUUGAAUGUGCGUUGUACAAACCGAUCAAUGUUGAAGAAAGUACUUUGAAACUAACAGAUGGUGCGGCUGAGUUUAACCUCAAGAAAUCUAGUGCUGAACUAUGGCAUCAAUUGACAUUGGAUGACAUGAGUAAUUUUGUAGAUAUAUUUUAUUUUGUUACUAUACUUUUUACUAAUUAAGAAUUAAGAUGCUUAAUAUUUAUAGAUCAAUUAACACUUCAGAGGACAGAAGACGUUUGUUACAGAUUAAACAAAAUGCCAUACUUGAACAUCAAGAACGCGAAAUGAAACGCGCUAAAGCAAACAAAGACAUGAAUGUAAGGGGUGAAAAAUACGCAUUGGAACAGGUUAUGGAAUUAGAGAAUAUGUUUCGUGAAAAAAUUAGACUUGAAAAAGAGCACGCUAGCAAGCAAGCAAUAAGCGAGUUUGUAAAUGCUUUUAACCAAUCUAGCCAAAAAGAAAAUGAGCUGCAAAAUGAAAUUACAGAAGCCCGAAGAUUUGCUAAACAAUAUAUAAGAGAAACCAUUAACGAAGAAAACAACAAAUUACUCAUAUUAGUGGAAUCAAAUAAGAAUAUCCAACAACGUUUAGCAUUUGUUGAGAAACCAAUAGAUUUGCCAGUGAGGACUUCAUCUACAAUCGAAGUUAAAUUUACACCUAGAGUAUUUCCUACACCUGAACGAGAGUCUACAAAACAAGCUGAGGAUGAGUGGCUAACUAAACAAGCCGAAUAUAGAAGAAAACUAUUGGACCGUGUUGUACCUGAUGAUUUGUCCAGGAAUGAACUAGAUCCUAUAUGGUUACGCAAAAAGGGAGAUUCAUUAUUUCAAGCUGGAGAUUAUGAAGCUGCUGUCAUUGCUUAUACAGAAGCUAUAACACAAAAUCCUAAAUUACAUUCGGCUUAUUCAAAUAGAGCUGCAUGUCACUUACAAUUGCGGAAUUAUUUUAAGGCUCUGGAAGAUAGUUCGAUGGUACUAGAUCUUUGUGUACCGCCUGUAGCUCAAAAUUUAAAAUCACGUGUGCGUGCACAUAUUAGGCGUGGAGCAGCAUUUUGUAAUCUACAAUUGUACAAAGAAGGGCUUAUCGAAUACAGAGCUGCACAAAAACUUCAACCAGAUGAUGACACAAUUAGAAAGGACAUUGAAAAUUUAGAGAAAUUUGUAAAUCAAGAAUAAUUAAUAUAUUGCGAAGCUACUUAGACUCAUUUCUACAUUAAAUUUUUGUUGUGACUUUGUCUUAGGGAUAAAUCAGGUAGAGUAUAGACAUCCAUUUACUUUUUUCUAAGUUGUUGUAAAUGAUAAGUAUAAAAUUGACAAUUUUGGUCAUACCCCCUUAACUUUGCCAUUUAUCACAUUAUGGAGUCUAUUCCACCUUAAAUGCUUUUUAUUUAUGUAAGACUAUCUCAGGCAAAAAAUAUUUUUCGGUUCCAUAAUUUUCCAUAAGCCACAUAAAUUGUAUCUGUAACCAUGAAAUGUGC